AAACACCCUCGCUAAAAGUAUCUUGACGAGGAAGAAACUUCUUGUUUUCAACUUAGAGGACAGCUUUUACACCCAUGGAAAACUGGUUUAGAAGUGACACGUGGCUUGAACUGGCCUAGCGUGCCAUUACUAUUGUGGUGGCAUUGAGUUUACAGAUGUUGCAGCCCUCACUAUCACAAUCACAUUUGCCAUUUCAAAUCCACCAUUACAAACCACUCUUCUUCGUCACACACUGUCGAGCGAAAAACACGGCCAUGGCGCACUCUGUUCGGAUCGUUGUCGUGGGAGAUGUGCAUGAUGAUUGGGAUACACAACAGGAUGCCAAAGCUCUUCAAUCAUUAAAGCCGGAUUUGGUACUAUUUACAGGGGAUUUUGGUGAUGAGAAUGUAGAACUUGUUAAAGAUGUCAGCAGCCUUGAUCUUCCAAAAGCGGUCAUUUUGGGAAAUCAUGACUGUUGGAAUACAGGGAAAUUUUCAUCAACGGGAGUGGACAGUGUGGAAGCUCAACUUGCCUGUUUGGGCAAGGAACAUGUUGGAUAUGAUCGUUUAGACUUUCCGCAACUCAAGCUAAGUGUGGUUGGUGGCCGUCCAUUUUCUUGUGGUGGGAAGAAAAUCUUUUAUGAAAGUCUGAUUGCUAAAAGGUAUGGAGUGAAGAAUAUGAAUGAAAGUGCAAGGAAAAUAUACGAAUCUUCUUUAAGAGCUCCAUAUGGGAAUUCCAUCAUAUUGCUUGCACACAAUGGUCCCACUGGCUUGGGUUCUAACAUGAGUGACAUAUGUGGAAGAGAUUGGGUUGUCAAGGGAGGUGACCAUGGAGAUCCUGAUUUAGCUGAAGCAAUAUCAUUCUUGAAGGACAAUAGUCAGCUGAAGAUCCCAUUGGUUAUAUUUGGGCAUAUGCAUAAGAGAUUAGCUUACAGUGACGAUCCAAGAACUAUGCUAGUGACGGGUGAUAAUGGGAUUUUCUACUUGAAUGGAGCUAUUGUACCGAGGGUUGAACAUCUCACCACAGAAACUGUUGAUGGAAAUACAAGCUCUAGUGGGAAGUACCCUUUCAGUGAUAGAACCUCUAUUACAACAAAGCGAGUGUUCACUGUGAUAGAAUUGAUUAAUGGAAAACCAAGAAAAAUUACAGAGUCGUGGGUGACAGUCAAUGAAGAGGUGAAUAAGAUAGAAGAAUCUAUUCUUUUUGAAAGUUUAUAAGUUCAACCUGCAUAGUGAGACAAUUACUUAUUCAUGCAUGAGAAGUCAACUAUUUCUUGACUUCAUUCAUGAACAAACCUCCACAUCAAUUAUUUGUCUUUGCUUGUUAAUUUUUUUGUUCAUGUAUUUCCCAACUAGCAACUCCUCGGGUGUUUAACUGCUCUAAUAAUCCAUUUAAAUUAUGCUGUUAUCAACUA